AAACACGGUUAGAUUGUACAGGAGACACUUCCUUUUUAAUGAAGUAUACCUAUCAUGUUUAUUUGUUUAAUUAAUCAAUGUUUUUCUCGAAUAUAACAAGUUUUUUACGAUAGAAGCAUUAUAAUGGGUCAAUUUAGUGAUUAGUUUUAUGGUUUUGUGUUAAAUAGGAAGUUUUAAGAAAAUUGAGGUUAAUUGGUGCAAUUUACAAAAAGUGAAUUUUUAGUAAAAUAAGACGAAAAUAAUGUCAUCAGAAAAUUCAGGACCUCUUAGUCAAAAGAUAGGAUUUAUUGGACCAGGAAAUAUGGCCAAGGCUAUCUGUGAAGGAAUGGUUCGACAAGGUUUGGUAGAUUAUUCACAAAUCUAUGUAUCUGGACCUCAUGAGAAAAGUUUGGUGUAUUGGAGAGCACAAGGUGCAAAAACAACCCAUCAAAAUGGGAAACUGGCAGAAGAAGUUGAUGUUAUAUUUUUGUGUGUGAAGCCCCACGUAUUGCCUGAGGCAAUAGCAGAUAUAUACAAAACCAGUUCUCCCUACAGGAUUGUUGGGAAGCUGUUUAUUUCAAUUUUGGCAGGAGUUACAAUAGCAGCACUGGAAAAUACUCUCAUGGGUUUUGAGGGAUCUCGUGUGGUAAGGGUGAUGACAAAUACUCCUCUAAUGGUGGGAGAGGGUUGCACUGCAUAUUGUCCAGGACAGGUAGCGAUUGAUGAGGACAUUGCAUUGGUUCGAAGGAUAUUUGAAGUUUCUGGAGUUUGUAAUUUGGUCCCAGAGUCUAUGUUUGAUGCUAUAUGUGGAAUAGCAGGAAGUGGACCAGCUUUUAUUUACCUCGUUAUUGAAGCUUUAUCUGAUGGUGCAGUGAAGAAUGGCAUUCCACGCGAAAUGGCAACCAAAUUGGCGGCGCAAACUGUCCUGGGGGCCUCCAAAAUGGUUUUAGAAACGGGAAGACACACUGGGACUCUCAAAGACGAAGUGUGUUCUCCUUCAGGAACGACAAUUUCUGGUGUACAUGUGUUAGAACAACACGGGGUUAGGGCUGCAUUUAUGGAUGCAGUGGAAGCUGCAACAUCAAGAUCAGCUGAAUUGAGUAAAACCAAAGAAACGAAGACGAGCGUAUCGAGACACGGAAGCAUAAAAACUCCUAUGAUGAGCAAACCUGUACUAUAAACCAUAAACUUGUAGUAAAAAUGUUCAGUAUGCAUUAAGUUCUUUUGUUAUGGAUUUUAUUUUAUUUUUUAUUGAUUAGAUAAGAAUAAAAAAGCAUGUACUCAAAUUUAAAUAAA